GCCACCCACUUAUAUGAAGUCUGUCGUUGGGGAGUCACGAGAAGUUUAACGUUGGCGAAGCUAAAAGAAAAAAUACAAAGUGAGGAGUGAAGUCGACAAAAACAAUGAAAUAGAAUUAACUUGAAGGCUUCUGAAAAGCAGCCGACGCUUACUGCUAGCACUGGUCUGGGCUCCUACUUAGUUAGCCCACCUGCAAUUCGGGCGGAGAGGAACUGCUGAGGGUGCUAGCGAAGCUCGUUAGCUUCUGCGGCUAACGAGGAGCUAACUAGCUAUAUCGCCCCAGCUAAGUGAAGACGUCGGGGUGUGGAAAGCUAACGACGCCGCGGCUACAUUUAGAAGACUGUUGGGUUGGAUAUAUCGCUGAGAAACAGUUAUUGCAACCAGAGAAGGUGUUAUCCACGGCGGAGCCACCUGUGUUGCUGUUCGUGUCCUCCUUUUCGUUGUUGGGGGAGCGUCCUGUGGCUGCAUGGAUACUAGCAACGGCUGCAGCCAGCUAGCAGUAUGUGUCACAUAAGCUAACGAACCCAGUUUUUGUUUUUGACGCGAGUGGAUGCUGUCAAGAGAUUUGGGACACCGUUGUGGUUGUACCACCUGACCAUGACGCCUUUUUAUUAACUGCACUUAAAUGCCGAUCUAUCCGACAGCAGGUAGUCCGUCCAGAAGAACCAGACGCAGAGCAUGCAGGAGAAGAAAAGAGUCCAGAUAAGUAGAUAGGGGGCACGUUGGACACUAUCGAGUUCAAUUGGAACUGAGUGGUUAAUUUACCACGACUUAACGGGUUGCUUUGGGUGAUCUGAAAGAGAAAUUAAAAGGAUGAAGAAGUUUUCCAGAAUGCCAAAGUCUGAGAGCGGCGGACUCGGAGGGGCGUCCGGCUCCAGCUCCGGAGUCAGCAGCUACUUUGGGAAGGUGUUUGCAGUCGGCCGGUAUCAAGUCACCGUGGAGGAGCUCAUUGCAGAGGGAGGUUUCUCCGUGGUGUUCCUGGCUCGUACGCACAGCGGCGUCCGCUGCGCUCUCAAAAGGAUGUACGUCAACAAUGUGCCGGACCUGAACGUCUACAAGAGGGAGAUCACCAUCAUGAAAGAGCUGUCGGGCCAUAAGAACAUCGUCGGAUACCUGGACUCCACAAUCAAUCCAGUUUCAGACAGUGUGUGGGAGGUCCUGAUCCUCAUGGAGUUCUGUAAAGCGGGUCAGGUGGUGAAGCAGAUGAACCAGCGGUUAAAUGUGGGCUUUAGUGAGGCGGAGGUCCUCCACAUCUUCUGCGACGCCUGUGAGGCCGUGGCUCGCCUGCACCAAUGCAAGACGCCCAUCAUCCACAGAGACCUAAAGGUUGAGAAUAUCCUGCUGAAUGACCAGGGAAGUUAUGUGCUGUGUGACUUCGGCAGCGCCACACACAAGGUUUUAUUGCCACAAAAAGAUGGUGUGACUGCAGUGGAGGACGAGAUCAAGAAGUACACAACUCUUUCAUAUCGGGCCCCGGAGAUGAUUAACUUGUAUGCAGGAAAACCCAUCACCACUAAGGCUGAUAUAUGGGCACUUGGAUGCUUGUUGUACAAGCUGUGUUUCUUCACACUUCCAUUUGGGGAGAGUCAAGUCGCCAUAUGUGACGGAACCUUUAUUGUUCCAGAUAACUCCAAAUUCUCCUUCAAGUUGCACUGUUUAAUCAGAUAUAUGCUCGAGCCAGACCAGGAGAAGAGACCAGACAUUUACCAAGUGUCCUACUUUGCCUUUAAAUUAGCUGGAAAAGACUGUCCAGUGCCAAACCUCUUUAACUCUCCCAUCCCUACAUCGCUUCCUGAGCCUCUAACAGCCAGCGAGGUUGCUGCUAAGAAAAGCAUGACAAAAGCAAGGAUAACCGACUCUGUGGGCCCAACGGAAACAUCAAUCGCUCCCAGACAGAGGCCAAAGGCUGCAAACAGUAACGUCCUGCCGCUCACCAACACUGUCACACCUGUCAAGAUGACCGUGCCUUCAGCACCUGUCAGCAAUGGCCAGAAAGCUCCCACGCCUGGCUCAGGACAGCCAUCCAUGCAGGCUCAGCCCGGCAGUCAGCAGCACCGAGUCCUACAGCAGCUGCAGCCUGGUGACCUUCGUCUACAGCAGCUACAGCAUCAACAGCAGCAGCAAGCCGUGCAGCAGCAGCAGCAUGCUAAUGCUCAGCAGCUCCAAUACUUACAGUACCAACAGGCGGUGCAGCAGUCGCUCCAGCUUCAGCAGCAGCAGCAGCAGCAGGCGCUGCUCCAGCAGCAGCAGAUGAUGCAGCCCAUGUAUCAGCAGCAGGUUGCCCAGGCCCAGUACGCCGCCAUGCUGCAGCAGUACCAACAGGCUUUUGUCCAGCAGCAACAGCAGCAGCAUCAUCAUCAGCAGCAUCCACAGCAGCAGCAUCAUCCCGCUCAGCAGCCUCUACCCUAUAUGUCUUCCCCUCUUGAGUUCCAGAUUCCCCUGGGUUCCUACAACGCCACCACACCCACAGCUGGGGCCGGACCUGGAAGUGGCGCUGCCCAGAUGGGGGCGUCGCCUGUGGAUCCCGCGUACACUAAUCCCUGCAGUAGAAACCCUCUGCUUGCCUCAGAUGGGAUCACCCCACCGUCUCAGAGCUGCAGCAGCGCUGUCAGUUACCCCCCCGACAUGUCAGGCUGGAACCCUUUUGGGGAGGACAACUUUUCUAAAUUAACUGAAGAGGAGCUGAUUGACCGGGAGUUUGAUAUGCUCAGAGCAAAAAAGCCGGUGGAGAGAACAGCCAGCGUGGAAACGGACCGACUGCCGCCCGCUGCUUCCACCACCAAACCCCUCCCACCUGAGGACCUGUUCGGAUCCAUCCCGUUCGUGGCCAACGCAGGAACCAUGGAGGAGGUCGCUCCCACCUCGGAUGAGGGUCUGCAGUCGGCGGCGCCCAAGGAGAGCAAACCGGGCAAGAAGAACAGCAGCAAGGCCAGCGACGAGUCAGAGAGCGACUUCGAGUCGGACCCCCCUUCUCCAAAAAGCAGCGAGGAUGAAGAACAGGAGGAGGAUGAAGCUUUGAACAGUGAGCACGGUGAAGACACUGAGCCGGAGAAUUUAGGGCAGAGGCCUCUGCUGAUGGACUCUGAGGAUGAGGAGGAUGAAGACAAACACAGCUCUGACUCGGACUGUGACCCUAGCAGGGUCAGGAGUCGCUCGAAGAAACCAGCAAGCGGUAAAGGAGCUGUCGCCUCCACAAGUCCUCCAGGGGAUUCUGGGUCCACCCUGAUCACCCCUCCCGUGUCGCCCAGCGGAGCCAGAGCUGCCGAGGCUGUGGACGUGUUCGGUGCCAUUCCAUUUCUUGGUGACGCCUCGCCCGUCGAGCCCGUGGAGAGCGCCGACAUCUUCGCCAAAGCUCCAUUCAGGCAGGUCAGCCACGAGCAGCCGGCUGCAGACGAGUUGGAUGUUUUCACCAAAGCGCCGUUUAGCCGGAACCUCUCCAAGUCGGGCAAAAGCAGCGGCGACAUCCCCAUGGGCCAAACGCCGCCCGUAUCCCCUGAGGGCAUCGACAUUUUUGGCUUCUGUCCUUUCCAGCCGGGCCCCGCCGAGCCGCCACCCACCACCUCCAGGAGUGCAGAGGACAUCUUCCGGUCGUCCGUGGAGGACUCGGCGAGCCCCCAACAGCAGAGACUGAAGCAGCGCAGCCUCCAGAAGCUGUCGUCACGCCAGAGGAAAACCAAGCAGGAGCCUGCGAUGGGGGCCACCAACGGGAAGCGGCACCACGGAACCCCGACUGGGGGACGCAAAGGCAACAAGACCACCUACCGCACGCCAGAGAGGGUCCGCAGACACAAGAAGGUCGGCCGGAGAGACUCGCAGAGCAGCAACGAGUUCCUCAGCACCUCAGACUCCAAGGAGAACAUCAGCGUGGACAUCACCAUGGCAGAAGGCAAGGACAAGGGAGCGUCUCUGGUGGACGACACUCUUUUGGACCCGUUCGGAGCCAAACCUUUCCAUCCUCAGGACGGCAGCCGCCACAGCCAGUAUCCAGGACUGGGUGACGGUAAAGGUGACAUGACUACAGCCAAUGGGAAGUCCUGGACGGCCUCGCUCCACGGCGGCCUUGGAGAGAGCAGGAUGAUGGAUGACUUUGGGGCGGUGCCCUUCACAGAGAUGGUCAUCGACAGUGGACCUCAGCAGCAGCCGGCGCCCCCACAGCCGGUGGACCUGGACCCUUUCGGAGCUGCUCCUUUCCCCUCAAAGCAGUAACUUCUACAGCUUCACGCUCCGCUGGUUUAUUAACCCUCAGCUCUUUUGGUUUGGGAUCAUUUUUAAACACAAACUUAAUAUCCUAACUUUUUUUUUAAUUUUAUUUGAGUGACCCCUAAAUCCUGCGGGGAUUUCGGGUUGGUGUUUCCACGUGUCUUUCAUCCUUUUAUGCUGCAUCUUGAUGCUUUUAGAGACAAAGAGAAAACCCAGUGAAACAACCAAACUGUGAUCAGAAGCUUUAAGCUCUUUCCAGUCUGCCUUCUGAAACCUUUUCAGCACCAUGAUGCCUUACCUGAGCUGGGCUCCGCCUCGCUUCGCAAUACCUCGUAAACUACAUCAUCCGAGUCGUUUUUAACCACUUUCUUCUACCCAGCAGUAGAUUUUUCUCUAUGCAUACCUUCCCUGUAGUCUACACAGCCGAAUGUGUUAAAUUUUACUUUAAAUACUAGAAGGGAUGAAUUUUAUUGUACUUCCUUAAAAAGCUGGAGCUGUUUUUUUGGAUCAGGCUUAAAUUUCGGCUCCUAACUAUUGCCUUUUCCCUGAGCAGAAAACUUCUGUAAGUUUUGUUUUUUAUGAAUCUACCACUCAUCAUUCUGUUAGAAGGAAGAAAUAAAACAAAGCUGCAUUUUAUCAUUUUA